AUGUACAAGUAGUAGGGCGAGCAGUACAACACUAAUUGGCUAUGUGUAAACCUAUACAUACUAAAUGGUGGCAUCCAUGGCUGCUUCGAUCCUCAGAUUGUCGCCACCGUACUGUAACACGCUCUUCGCCGGCGAUAAAUUCAUUAGAGCAAUUCCAAAUCUCCGGAGGAUGACCACGUCAGCAUCGGCGUACAAGAAGCUUCUGACUGUAGGAACCAAAAUCAUCGCCGUCGGCCGCAACUACGCCGCGCACGCGAAGGAACUCGGAAACGCCGUGCCUAAGGAGCCGGUGCUGUUUCUGAAGCCGACGUCGUCGUAUUUGGAGGAUGGGGGUAAAAUUCAGGUGCCGGAGCCGCUAGAGGCGCUGGAUCACGAGGUUGAGCUGGCGGUGGUCAUCGGUCAACGCGCUCGUGACGUGCCUGAGGCUAACGCCAUGGACUACGUUGGAGGGUAUGCUCUUGCUUUGGAUAUGACUGCAAGGGAGAUCCAAUCUACUGCCAAGUCUGCAGGUCUUCCAUGGUCUGUAGCUAAAGGCCAAGAUACCUUCACACCAAUCAGCUCCAUUGUACCAACAUCUAUGUUACCAGACCCUCACAAUGUAGAACUGUGGUUAAAGGUCGAUGGAGAAUUACGUCAGAAAGGAUCAACUAGUGAUAUGAUAUUUAAGAUCCCGUUCUUGAUUAGCCACAUCAGUUCUAUGUUUACCCUUCUUGAGGGUGAUGUCAUUCUUACAGGGACUCCUAAAGGUGUGGGCCCCGUUAAGAUAGGUCAAAAAAUCGAAGCGGGAAUAACAGGCUUAUUUGAUAUGCACUUUGAUGUUGAAAGACGCCAUAGAAUUAAGCAUUGAGAUAAGCACAUCCAUCUUUAUAUUAAUUCCGGGCUUAUUUUUAAUUUCCUCUGUUGUUUCUGUAAAAAAAUUGAGUUUUACAGAUUGAAGGUAAUAAAGAAUGUGUAAUGGGUUUGAACAACCCAGUGUGAUGAAAGCAUGUUUCGUCUUCUUCUCAUAGAUUGAAAUACGAAAACUCGGAGGGAGUGUCACAUAUAACACCUACGCGUGCGAAUCAGAAUCGAACUUUCGAUUUAUACCGAUUU